AGAGUAAUGUUACAGAGCGGAGAGAGUGAGGAGGCUGCGUCUGGCUCCCGCUCUCACAGCCAUUGCAGUACAUUGAGCUCCAUAGAGACAGCGCCGGGGCAAGUGAGAGCCGGACGGGCACUGGGCGACUCUGUGCCUCGCGGAGGAAAAAUAAUUAAGCAUGGGCAAAGGAGAUCCUAAGAAGCCGAGAGGCAAAAUGUCAUCAUAUGCAUUCUUUGUGCAAACUUGCCGGGAGGAGCACAAGAAGAAGCACCCAGAUGCUUCCGUCAACUUCUCAGAGUUUUCUAAGAAGUGCUCAGAGAGGUGGAAGACCAUGUCUGCUAAAGAGAAAGGAAAGUUUGAAGACAUGGCAAAGGCGGACAAGGCCCGUUAUGAAAGAGAAAUGAAAACUUAUAUCCCUCCUAAAGGGGAAACAAAAAAGAAGUUCAAGGAUCCCAAUGCACCCAAGAGGCCUCCUUCGGCCUUUUUCUUGUUUUGUUCUGAGUAUCGUCCAAAAAUCAAAGGAGAACAUCCUGGCCUAUCCAUUGGUGAUGUUGCAAAGAAACUGGGAGAGAUGUGGAAUAACACUGCUGCAGAUGACAAGCAGCCUUAUGAGAAGAAGGCUGCUAAACUGAAGGAAAAGUACGAAAAGGAUAUUGCUGCAUACCGAGCUAAAGGGAAGCCUGAUGCAGCAAAAAAGGGAGUCGUCAAGGCUGAAAAAAGCAAGAAAAAGAAGGAAGAGGAGGAAGAUGAGGAAGAUGAAGAGGAUGAGGAGGAGGAGGAAGAUGAAGAGGAUGAAGAGGAGGAGGAAGAUGAUGAUGAUGAAUAAGUUGGUUCUAGCGCAGUUUUUUUUUUCUUGUCUAUAAAGCAUUUAACCCCCCUGUACACAACUCACUCCUUUUAAAGAAAAAAAUUGAAAUGUAAGGCUGUGUAAGAUUUGUUUUUAAACUGUACAGUGUCUUUUUUUGUAUAGUUAACACACUACCGAAUGUGUCUUUAGAUAGCCCUGUCCUGGUGGUAUUUUCAAUAGCCACUAACCUUGCCUGGUACAGUAUGGGGGUUGUAAAUUGGCAUGGAAAUUUAAAGCAGGUUCUUGUUGGUGCACAGCACAAAUUAGUUAUAUAUGGGGAUGGUAGUUUUUUCAUCUUCAGUUGUCUCUGAUGCAGCUUAUAUGAAAUAAUUGUUGUUCUGUUAACUGAAUACCACUCUGUAAUUGCAAAGAAAAGAAAAAAAGUUGCAGCUGUUUUGUUGACAUUCUGAAUGCUUCUAAGUAAAUACAAUUUUUUUUAUUA